AUGUUCAUUCUUGGGUACCCUCGGGCACUCACCAAGAUAUUCGGCGAGAAGAGCAUCGAGGCCUUCCAUGGCACCAUCCACAAGUUCAUCCGUAGAUGCGCCUACAUGUUGUUCGGCCUCCAGACCCUCAAGGCGAUGCUCCUCCCUGAGAUGGAGGCCGCCGUGAGGGAGCGCCUCGCCGCGUGGGCCGCCAUGCCCAGCGUCGACAUUAUGUUCGAGCUGGUGACCAGGAAAUGCCUGGGUUUCGAUUGGACAAAGUCCAGGGAGCUGAGGAUCAAGUUCGACACGCUUUUCUCAGGGCUCUUCUCCUUCCCGAUAUAUUUCCCUGGGACACCAUUUUACCGAUGCAUGCAGGCAAGGAAAAAUAUUCACAAGACACUGCGGGAUACGUUGGCAGAGAGGUUAAGUGCACCUGCAGGGAAGAAACAUGGCGACCUCCUCGACGUAAUCGUCGAGGAGCUGCAGGGUGAAGAGCCAUCAAUAAGUGAGGAUUUUGCUAUUGAUAUGCUCUCCACCUUGUUGUUCGCCAGCGUCUUCACGCUGUCAGGAACCAUCGCUGUAGCAUUCAAGUCACUCCAUGACAACCCGGACGUUGUCCAGGAGCUCCAGAAGGAAAACCGAGCUAUGCUCAAUGGUCGAAAGGGUGGGUGCUCCGGGCUCACAUGGGAGGAGUACAAGUCGUUGACAUUCACUAAUCAGGUGACCAAUGAGAUUAUUCGAAUAAGCAAUGCCGCACUUGUAGUAUUUAGAAAAGCUCUUACAGAUGCACAAGUCAAUGGUUAUACAAUUCCUGCUGGAUGGCUGGUCAUAGUCAACCCCAUGGCAGUUCAUCUGAACGGAGAAUUGUUUGAAGAUCCACUCAAAUUUGACCCAUGGAGGUGGAUGGAUGAGUCAAAGCGCAGCACAAUGUUGAAGAAUUUCAUGCCAUUCGGAGCAGGCAUCAGGGUUUGUCCUGCCGCAGAGUUUGUCAAGCUGCUCGUAACACUUACCCUCCAUGUCUUGGUGACCGAGUAUAGGGCUACCACAUUCGACUUCAACCCCAAGACGAUAACUGAUGCAUACAUAUAUCAACAGGAAACUAAGCCUAUGAGACUUCUCAGUUCUACCACAGUAUCUAAAUGUCAUGGUUAUGAACCCGAAUGUUUCUAUGGACUACUAAGCAUUAUACCCCUGUUACUUGGGGCUUUCAUGUGA